GAAGCUUUUCUGCACUUAACUUCGUGAUCGUCUUAUCCUUCGUCAUGAUCGUUUUUCGUUCCAGUCAAGCUUCGUCUUAACCCUGCCCUUGUAUAUCCGCGACCUGACUCCGAAGGUGCCUGUUCACAUAUUACACUCGGAAAACAUUGUCAAACUAUGUUUUUGAGGACCUUCGGGAGCCGAAGGCCCCCAACAGUAGCCCCUCGCAAUAUUAAUUUACUGUAAUGAUAAAUUCAUAUUGCGAAAUGGACGAAGGCUUUAUGCCGAAGGUCCAAAAAAACACCUUCCUUUUGCUAGAAUAGCAACAGUCAUUGACAAGCGGGGCCCUCCAGCUUUCGACACACUGGGUGUAUAAAUACGAGCUCACCACGAGUUUAUUUGGCACGCUCUUUUGCCAUCUGCUCUUUACCCACUUAGCUUUUCAGCCUGCACGCGACAGCAUUUGCUCGGUUUUAAAUUUUUAAGCUUCGGUUUCAAGUCUGGUUUGCCAGCAUUCACGAAGAUGUCUGAGGAUAAGAAAGUUGCUGGUGCUUCGAAGCUAAGCCUUUCUGAGGAAAUGCACCUAAGCUUUCUUGAAUCAAUGUCGAAGACCAAUACGGAGAAGAUUGUCAGGGAGACUUUGGAGGGUUUAUCUGAAGAUACAGGCGACAGUGAUAGUUAUGGUGUGGAUAGUUGUGGGGAGGAUUCCGAAGAUCGCCCGUGGCGGCCUAGUCACUCAAAUUUCGGAAAAUCAAAUAUAAAGCAGAGUCACCUUGAAAAUAUGAGGGGGAGAUAUUUCCGAGAUAUAUCCCUUGUGAGGGCAGAUGACGGAGAGAAAACUACGCCGACUCCCGAAGAUAAUGAAGUCGUGAUCUUCCGAAGCAUUUUUAAAGCUGGGCUACGAUUCCCUCUAAGCAGAUUUGUGGUAGAAGUUCUGAAAAUAUAUCAGAUUUACCUUCAUCAACUUACCCCUGAAGCAGUGAUAAGAUUGGGAGUCUUCGUCUGGGCCGUGAGGAGCCAGGGCGUGGAGCCAAGUGCAAAAAGCUUUUGCAAUAUACACGAGCUAGUAUAUGAGACGAAGCCCUGAGGUAAGGAGCAAUAUCAUAAUAAUUUUGGUUGUUAUAGCUUCGGUGCCCGCUCUGGGUCAAGCUGUCCCGUGCCAACUUUUCGGAAGAGAUGGCCCGGGGAAUGGAUGAAGGAAUGGUUCUAUGUGAAGAACAAUUUGAAGGUUCGAGAAGAUAUUAAAGAUAUCAUCAUGCGCCCUAUCUGGCAGCGCUUCGGACUCCGGAAACCGAAGGUAGAAAUGGACGAAGCAGCUGAAGAAUGUCAGAGAGCCUUCAGCGUAGUCUGCUCUUUUAUUGGGACCAGGGACUUAAUGCAAGAGCACGUUGCCUUCAGAGUGUGGCCACUUGCAGAUAACUGGGAAAUGCCGAAGGAGACCGUUAAAGAAGCUGACGAGGGUGGGCUAAUCAAGCUGAAAUAUACAUUCAAGUAUGGAGAUAAGUUCGUUGAACCAGAUGAUGAUUGGCUAAAAAGCAUUGAGAAUGUAAGUGAUGAAUUGCUUGGGGCAUACUCAAAGGCCGAAAAUACUGCAUUGUCAGCGGCUUUCGGAGGCCGAAAGAAGAAGAGACUCAACCGUGUAUUUGAUGCAAUUGGGUUUAUCUACCCCGACUACCAUUAUCCAAUGCGAGGCCAAAAAAGGAAAAAUACUUCUCCUGCAAAGGAAAUUGCUUCAGCUGCUGCUAGGGAACCAGCUCCGAAGAGGAAGAAAGUAAAAGUGCUCACCCACCCUCCACGCUGUAUUGAGCUAGCCACAGUGCCUGAGUUUAUUGGUGGGGCUUCUUCGGCCAGCGAAGCUAGAGAACCAACUCUAGCGCCAAAAUCCGUAGAAAUGGCCGAAGCACCAGCAAUAGAGAAAACAGAAGAACCAAGAACUGAAGAAGGAAAAACAUUAGACAUUUUAAGUCCUUCAUCAAAAGUUGAGGCAGCUAAAAGCCAAAAGGGGCCAGCAGUGACCCCAAAAAGAAAAAGGAUGGUUAAUGUGCUGGAUGUUUUGGAGACAAUUAAAUCUUCAAGCAUAACUCCAAAGAAAACCGUUGAAACUUCUGAAGUGUCUACUGAAGACUUUGUUGCUGAAACUUCGAAGCAACAAUUUGAAACUGAAGCUGGGCCUUCAGAGCCCACCAAGAUACAACCUUUGGAAGCCGAAAAAAUGUCAGAGGCAAGUUUAGAAGCUGAAAAAACAAAAACAACAGAGCUGAUUUUGAUUGAGGAAAUCGACACUGCCACCCCCGAAGCAUCUUCCAAAAUACAUGAUUAUAUUGUGCGACAUGCUUCGGGGAAGAAACUAUCCGAAGAAGAGAUUUUUGAAGCCAAUCACUAUGCUCGAGCACUGAAGUAUCUGAGGGGGGCCGUAGUGUUCAAUGGAACAAAUGAAGAUGACUUCCUAUACUGUCUCCCAGACAAUAAAGAAUUAUUCGUCUGCCGGGAAAUGGCUAGAAGCAUGGGGUUCCCGAAACUCAAAGCUGGCCUUUGCGCCAUGACGAAGGACGAUCUAGCGGAUAGCCUGGCAUACAAUAGUCUAAAGGGCUUAAUACUCAGCAAUGCCUUAAGGGCACAGAAGAAUGCCGAAGAUGAGAGCUGCACCAUUGCUCUUAACAACCUUCGAACAGAGGUCAUCAGGCUAAGAAAUGAAGCCUUGGAGAAGGACAAAAUUCUGCUUACGUUGGUGGAAAAAGUGAAGGAAGACGAAGCUAACUCUAAAACUCAAGCCGAAGCUCAGAAGCGCGAAAUCGAAGAUCUUCGGAAACAACUAGCCCGAGCUAAAGAAGAACGCAUUCUUGAAGAAACAAAGAGAGAACUAAGCGAUCAAUGGGCAAAUCAUUUGGAAAUAAAUGUCGAAGAGCUUCGUGCUUCGAAGAAAAGGUAUUAUGAUAAAUCCAUAGAGUGUGUUAAAAAGAUAAAAUCCAGCUUCACCAGCGUCGGCGCAUUUUCUAGUGAAGAAAAUUUCACAAGAGGGAAUCCAGAAGGCCCGAUUGAAUGGAUCAGUCGCGAAGCUGAGGCCUUCGAGGAAAUCUUGAAUAGUCGCGGGGACAUUUGUGCUUUUUCAGGCGCCAGAGGAAUUGUUACUAUUUUGGAAAAGAAAGGAUGCGAACAUGUGAAAUCUUUAGCACAGUCUGGAACUGCUUUAUCCUCUGAAGAUAUCAAAGACCCUUCAGCCGAAGCAAGCCAGGUCAGUGGAAAAUUUUUCACAGACAUUUGGGACAAUGGCGGUCGAGAAAUGGCUCAAGAAAUUAUUCAGAGAAGCGAAAAAGGCAUCCAUGAUGGUAGAAAAGUAGCGAAGGUUGCUGAAGAGGGCACAGGGCCCGAAGGGCAAAUAGAAUCUGCUGGGGCAGCUCCGGACCCCCCGAAGGGGGACGACGAAAUUAGACAAAUGGCAGAAGCCAUUAUGGACAAAGUUGUCAAUCAGCUAUUAAACGAAGCUGCGGAAGUAGUUCUUAGGGAAGAUUAAGUGUUAAUGUAAAAAACACUUGGAACAUGACAUGUGUAAAACUUUGCAACUUUGAAUGUAAUAUAUAAUCUACUUAUGGUUCAA